UAUCAUUCACUGAAGUAAACUUCAUUUUGCUAAGGUUUGCUCUACUCUGAGGAUGAUGGAGGUUUAUGUGUUCAUUCUCACACUUGUUGUGCUUGUUUCGUCAGAGUUGGAUGUUGUACAUGAGGAGACACAUGUGUUAGGAUGUUCAGAUACAGAGGAAGAGUUUAUCUAUGGACUUGAUGGAGAGGUAAUGUUUUACGCAGACUUCAACAAGCAAGAGGGGAAAAUGUCACUACCUGAAUUUGCAGAUCCCGUCAGUUUUCCAGAAGAGACAUAUCAGGCUGCUCUUGCCAACAUUCAGAUUUGCAAACAAAACUUGGACGUUUGCAUUCAAGCUUACAAAUCACCUCAAGAGAAAAUGGAUCCACCUCAGACCUCAAUCUAUCCAACAGAUGAUGUACAGCAAGGAGUUGAAAACGCCCUCAUCUGUCAUGUGACUGGAUUCUUCCCACCACCUGUCAAAAUCUCAUGGACUAAAAACAAUAUGAUUGUGACAGAGGACAUAAGUCUGAGCCAGUAUUACCCAAACAGUGAUGGCACAUACACAAUUUUCUCUACUUUAAAGUUUGUUCCUGUGGAAGGAGACAUGUACAGCUGCAGUGUCAACCACAAAAUUCUACCAACACCUCAAACCAAAACAUGGGAUGUAGAAAUAUCUCUUCCUGGUGUUGGUCCUGCUGUGUUCUGUGGUGUGGGUUUGACUCUGGGACUGCUGGGAGUCGCUGCAGGAACUUUCUUCCUUAUUAAAGGAAACAACUGCAACUAAAAUUAACCCUUAAUAGCAAGUUGUAAUUAUAUUGUGAAUGAUCAUUUGGAUCAAAGGUGUGAAAUAGUAAUGUUAUAAAAAUGAGAGGCAACAUACUGUUACUAUAUAGCUCAAUGAUGUGUGUGUUGGCAUUAAUAUUUCCCCAAAUAGUGAGAUAAAAUAAUCUUUACUUAUUAGUCAAUGUAAAAGCUUUAAUUUUGUUGUCUAAUUUACUCACACUGGAAGCUAAUAUUUACCGUAAACACACCUUUAACAAACAGCUUCAAAUAAUACAUUUGAUUUCAUGAAUUAAAUUUAUGCCUUUAA